AUGGGACAAUCAGCUAGCUCAAAUAAUGCUGAAAACGGGGGAGGCAUUGACAAAAGUCUAGGUAUCAAAAUCAAAGUGAGCAAGGAAGAAUUAUAUGAUUUAUUUUAUACUAGAUGUUUACGACUAUUAAAACCAAUUGAAAUUUCAAUAAUUAAAUCAAAAUUAAUUGAAAGCAAUAAAGCUUAUCGGGAUACUUCCAAAAACGAAUUGAGUGAACGGGAUGAAGAAAAAGGUUUAAUAACUAGCCAUAAUAUUAGUAAAGUCAAUUUAGAAAAUUGGAUACUAUGCGAGGGGGAUAGCUCAGAAUCAAAUACUGCUAGCCAGUAUUCAAAAGAAGAAUUCUCGAAAUACAUAAACAUACUAUUCAAAUCAAUGAAAAGAAUUGGACAACUACCGUUUUUGAGAAAUAAAAUAGACAAGAACGUCGAAACAUUGGAUCUUAAAGAGUUUGUAAUAUCUUUAGUGUUUUUAUUGGGUAGAUUUGCAAGAUUAUUUGGAGGAAAUGAAUACGAUGAUAAUAGUUUAAGUUUUUUAAAAUUGUGGUAUAUAUCAAUUAAUUUUGAAAAUGCUGAUACCAGCAAAGAACAAGCUGAUGAAGAAAGUGAAAUUUCAAUUUAUGUGAAUCAAUCAUUUGAAGAAUCAGAUUCAAUUGAAAUAAAAUCUAAAAAAGUCAAUUGGAAAAAACUUGAAAUUUUUAAAAAUUAUAAUGAUAUAAAUUACAGUCGAUUGAAUUUUGAAAUUAAUGAUUUAAGAAAUAUACUUACAUUCAAUUUGAUCCUAAAUGCAAUCCCCUUGCAAAAACAUGACAAAAUGAAUGAUUUACUCAAAUCCUACAUUUCUAAAUGGUCAGAUUUUGAAAUUUACUCGAAUUAUAUAAUCAAAUUUUUGGACUUGGAAGAUAAAAAUGAGAUAACAUUUGAUCAAUUUUAUAAUGGUAUACAAAGAAUUUUACUUACUUUCAUCUCUCAAAUGGCUGCAAAACUUAUGACCAAUUGGAUUUUAAAUUCUCAUGAAAGACGAUCACAGCAAAAUCAACCUAAAGAAGCAAUACAGCCUAAAGACUCAAAUGAUAAUGAACCAAAAACUAAUUCAAAACAUUCGUAUAAAUUUGAAGAAUCAAGAUUAGUAACUGUUCCAUUCAUAUCAUAUAUUUCAGCAGUUUUAAAGGGCAUUGGAAGUAAGAUUGAAAUUACAACAGAAAAUAUGUUUAAAUUAUAUUCUGGUGCAGAAUCUGGAUUUUCAAUUAGAUCAUUAGAAACCAAAAUAUUUAAAUGGCAAUCUCCCACAUUAUUUAUUGUAAGUGGUAAAAGAAUUAAACAAAAAACUAUAGAACAUAAUAAAAGAUAUGAAAAAUUUGAUCAUAUUUAUCCUAAUUAUUUUUUAAAACUGGAAUCAAAAUUAAAAGAUUGGCAACAACCAAAUGAUAGAAUUACUUAUUGUGUUUUAAUAAAUCAUCCAUGGGUUAAUUCAAAUAAAAAUAAUUUUGGUGAUAAAAAUACAAUAAUUUUAAGUAUUUCACCUCAUUUAGAUUACUAUAAAAGUGUUACAACUUCAUCUGCUAAUGAUAUUUUAAAAAAUAAACUGAUAUAUUUUAAUAAUUUAGGAAUGGGUCUUGGAUUUGGAAAUAUGCAACCAUUAAAUAAAAAUAAUUUACAAAAAUAUUAUCCUGGUGAUGUAUCAUUAACAAUCGAAUCUAAUUUAGAAUUUGCAAUUUUUAGACAUUUAGUAGGUCAAUCUUCAGUUACCAAGAGUACAUCAACAUCAUCUGCUAAAUUUUUUCAAAGUUCUACUCAUUCACAACUAUCAAAUAAAAAUUUUGAAGAUAGAUUUACAAUAAUAGAUUUAGAAGUAUGGGGUAUUGGAUCUUUGAAAAAUCUUGAAGAUCAAAGAAAACAAUGGGAAUGGGAAGAAAAAAUGGCAAAUGAAAGACAAAAUAUUAAUCUUAAAAAUAUGGGUGAAGAAAGAGCAUUUUUGGAAAUGGUUGGAUUAGUUGGUAAUCAUGCUGGUAAUGGUGGAUCCGUCUAA